AACAUUGUCACUUAUCAAGUCGAGUUGAUUUUUUCGCCAAGAAUGUAGUUAAAAAUUGUGUUUUUUCACCUAAUUAUGACUAUUUAAAUAGCAAAAGUAUGGUUGAACUUUUUUCUCCAUUCCAAGAACCUCUUCGUUUGUGUAAUUUCCGUAUCACCGUGACUAACCAUCAUUGACCGUGAUUAGCUCACUUCACGCCUUGGUAGUUGGUUUGCUGAAUUACUACGUCUUUAGUAUUGACUUACUUUAAAAGCUUCAUUAAUGACUAAAGAUGAUCAGAAAGACGAUGAUUUCCUGCCAGACAAAGACGCAGCCAAAGAGUUCUACGCUAAAUAUGAACCUAAAGAGGUUUUGGGCAGAGGGAUUAGUUCAACUGUACGGAGAUGUAUCGAGAAAGAGACCGGUGUCGAGUAUGCUGCUAAGAUAAUCGAUGUGAGCUCCAGUCCUGAGAUUCGAGAUUGUACGUUGGAGGAGGUUCGAAUACUACGAGUCGUUUUGGGGUAUCCUUAUAUAAUCCAACUGUACGAUGUUUUCGAAUCAGAAACGUUCAUCUUCUUGGUUUUCGAGUUGUGCAGAAAUGGCGAACUGUUCGACUAUCUUACUUCGGUGGUCACGUUGAGUGAAAAGAAAACGAGAUUCAUAAUGCGACAGAUAUUAGAAGCUUUGUCUCAUAUCCACGCUCACAAUAUCGUUCAUCGUGAUUUGAAACCGGAAAAUAUCUUGCUCGACGAUGCUAUGAAUAUAAAGAUCACCGAUUUCGGUUUUGCCAGAGUAUUACAAGAUGGUGAAAUGCUCACAGAAUUAUGUGGCACGCCAAAUUACUUAGCCCCUGAAGUAUUGAGAGCUGGUAUGUACGAAGAUGCCGAAGGGUAUUCUAAUCCUGUGGACAUGUGGGCCUGCGGUGUGAUCAUGUAUACGCUUUUAGUCGGAUGUCCUCCGUUUUGGCACCGGAAACAGAUGAUAAUGCUGAGAAAUAUCAUGGAGGGUAAUUAUUCGUUCGAUUCGCCGAAAUGGGCUGAUAUUUCAGAUUCGCCGAAGGAUUUGAUUAAAAAACUGCUCGUUAACGAGCCUAAAGAUCGUUUAACGGUCGUCGAAGCUUUAGAUCAUCCAUUUUUCCAUGUUAUGAUGUGGGAUCAAGAGAUAACGCCGUUGAAAAAAAGUCUGAGCGUGAAAUCUCGAAAAUUCAGCGUAAUCGCUGAAUUGGCUCAUGCUUUGAGAAUUCGUCCAUUUAAUGCAAGAAAAAAAUUCAAAUACGCAAUAUUGUGCGUUCGAGCUGUGAUUAGAUUAAGUCGUUUGAGAUACGGACCCGAAACAAUUACCGUGGAAUUGAGCAAAACCGACCCUUACCGGCAUAAAGCUCUACGACAGGUUAUAGACGCGUGCGCAUUUCACGUAUACGGUCACUGGGUUAAAAAAGGAGAAGGGCAGAAUCGAGCCGCAUUAUUUGAGAAUGUGCCAAAAGUGGAACUUCGCCAUUUAUACAUGAGUAAUAUUUCACCCGUAUCGUAGCCUUAAUAUACCCAAUUCCCUAGUCCUGCGUUAACUACAUACCAUAAUCCAUCGCUGCUGCCACACGAGAUGUGUAUUUUAUUUCUCAUCAUCGAACGAAAUACUCGUCCAUGGGGUUCGUGAUUGUGAAUUGACUACACUACAGAGCAGAUAUCAAACGUCUCCCUGAUUCCAUCCACUGGCCAGAUUCAGCGAUAUCAGCACUCGUUACUUUUAGCGUAAAAGCUUACUACCUUAGGAUCUAGUACUUGUGUUCAAUGUUAAACUAAUUGUGUAAAUUGUUUUGUUUCUCUCUCUCUCUCUCUUUUUUUUGACUAAAUAAUAUGUAUUUUAAGUUGAUGGUAGAGAACUUCUGCAGUAAGUAGGGUGGAACUUGGUUCCUGUUUUAGCCAUUAUUUCUGGUUAUCGCUGCUUCUGAAGGAGGAUUAUUUGAUUAUUGGCGGUAUAUAAUGUUACGUGAUUUGUUUAUCUUGUAUGGCGAUGAUGAAUUUGGAAGCGGGAGGGGCGUUGAUCGGUUUCUUCGAAUAAUGCUGAAAAUUUGAUGAAAAUUAUUAAUAUUACAUAAAUUUAAAACUUAAACGAUUUGUUCCACGUUUAGGUCUUUUAAUUUUUCGUGAUUGAAAAUAAUAAUUUAUUGUACUAAGAUCAAUUUUGAUUUUUGAAUUUUGUGCAAUGAGUAUACCAAAGGAUCAUUUUAUGUAUUGGUUAAUCAUCAUUCACGAAGAAGCAAUAAUUGAUUUGUACGAUUAAUGUCUCCACCGAAUCCUUCGAGGAACGUUGAAAACUUGGCGAAUCAUAUGAAUACCUAAAAGAUUUACUUUGAAGUUUGUGUUUAGUCUUCCAUUUUUCGCGAAUAAAAAUAAUUGUGGAUACAAUUUUGUGUGAUGAAUAAUCCAUCGUUGAAUUGAUUUGCGGUUGAAAUCAUUCACGAGUAGGCCUGGCAGAUAGAAUUAAAACAUUACAACUUGUUGUAAUCUUAAAUGUGUACCUGCUUGUAGAACUGUUUAGAUUGUUUUUUAUAAUAAAAUAAUUUCAUAGUUAUCUACCAUUAAAAUGAUUUCGUAACAUUUAUGCUCAUUUUCAAACAAGAAAGUACAUAAUUAUGACUUCUGA